GAUAGCGGCGGAUCCAUGGGAGGAUGAAGGAGAUGGUUGGAGGCUGCUGCGUGUGCUCAGAUGAGAGAGGUUGGGCCGAGAACCCGCUUGUCUAUUGUGACGGACAUGGGUGCAAUGUGGCUGUGCAUCAAGCCUGCUAUGGGAUUGUGCAGGUUCCCACAGGACCCUGGUUUUGUCAGAAAUGUGAGUCUCAGGAGAGGGCUGCCCGAGUGAGAUGUGACCUUUGCCCACAUAAAGAAGGGGCACUAAAGAAAACAGACAAUGGAGGUUGGGCACAUGUGAUGUGUGUUCUUUAUAUUCCUGAGGUUCAGUUUGCCAAUGUCCUGACUAUGGAACCCAUUGUGCUGCAAUAUGUUCCCCAUGAUCGCUUUAACAAGACCUGCUAUAUUUGUGAAGAACAAGGCCGCGAGAGUAGAGCUGCAUCAGGGGCUUGUAUGAUUAAUCGUCACGGCUGUCGACAGGCAUUCCACGUGACAUGUGCUCAGAUGGCUGGGCUGCUGUGUGAAGAGGAGGCUCAGGAGGUGGAUAAUGUGAAAUAUAUUGGAUACUGCAAGUACCACUUCAACAAGAUGGUGAGCGACCCUCAGAAGGUUUCUCGUCUCACCUGUCCUUUUGUGCCUGGUCGGUGCAGUCGUUCUGCCUCGCCUGCCCUAGAAAAACCUAUUCUAUAUAGAGACCGACAGAAGAAGAGUCAUAAAGACAAAGAGAGGAUCCGGCAUAGAAAGCACCGGGAUUCCCCAGGUCAUUUGAAUGCUCCAUCCCUGCUACCCAUAACUGCUGAGAAGCAGGAAAGCAGUAUGGAUAGCCCGGAGAUUGUAAGGUCAGAGGUAAAAGGGAAGAAACUAUCAAAUCAUAGAGGUCAUAAAAUUGGAAAGGGAGCAACAGGUGGAGGUUCCCUCCCAGCAGGUAAUACCUCCUCUCCGCCUCUUCUGGUUACCUUUCCAAAACUAGAGGAACAAGAAGAUGAGGAUGAAGAAGAGGAAGAGGAAGAUGAUGAAGAGGGAUCCUCAAGGGCUGCACCUCCCUCUCCACCAGAACUUACUUUUUCAAGCUUAGGUUCCAUUAUGCGCUUUUCCACUGUCUCAGGUGGCACCCCUCGAACUUGGGAUCCCAUUCCUGGUGAAACUCGAACACAGAAAUGGAGCAGAGAGGGAGCAGAACCACCUUGGGAAAAAAAGCACAAGGGCAACAAGAGGAGCAGGCAUGGCCCUGGGCGACCCCGCGGAAGCAAAAACAAUCCUUCACACAGCACUUCCCCUCUCACUCUUACCAGUGUCAGCCUGGAGUCCCCUCUUCUAUCCUCAGGUAUAUACACCAGUAACAAGGACCUGAUCACAGUGAGGAAAGCCUGCAGUACUCCGCUUUCCUCCAGCCUCCUUUCUCACCAGAACUCCCUUCCACCGUACAGCAGAGCAUGCCCUAUUACUCCCUCCUCCACUGCAUCUACUACAUAGGUUUUUUCUUUGGCUGGACCCACUUUCAGUAUUCCCUCAUCUCACAUUUUUGGAAGUCCACUGUCAAUGCCUCCUCUUCUCAGCCAGGUUGAGAGCAGCCGCACAGAGCCUGAGUUGGAAGACUGCAGUUUUGUGUGUAGAGGGAGCUCCCCCAGAGAGAGUCUGUCAUCCAUGUCACCCAUCAGCAGCUUACCACCUCUGUUUGAUCCAAGUGCCCCCUGCAGUCAAAAUGAAAGUGUCCCUCAAGUCACUGCUAACCUUGAGCAGCUACUGGAAAAGCAUGGAGAGGCAGGAGUUAAUAUUGUAGACAUGCUCCAAGCCUUGCACUCACUGCAGAAGGAGAAUCGUUCUUUGCAGGAUCAGAUAUUGACUCUAACUGCACGAAAGGAGAAGCUGCAACUACUCAAUGUCCAGCUUUCCUGCCCAUUCCCUCCUAAUUUGCCAACAGCUAACGCUUCACUUGGUAGCUCACAAGAUUAUAUCAAUAAUAAAAGUCCCACUUCAAAGGGCAGCUUCCGUACAGAGAAUUCACUGUCUGAGGACCCCCACUCAGGCUGCCCCAGUAGAAGCAGUUCUUGUCUGUCAGUGCACAGUACUUCUCCACCAGGUCCAAUCCCACAGGGUGGGCCUUCGCUACCAACCAUAGGGGCAGAGCAGCUUGUGAAUGGGCUAGUAAGAUCAUCAGGCCAAGGGGCACCACCUUCUCUUGCCACCAUCCCUCUACUAGGGGCUUUGUCAGGAAAUCCAGGAGCACUUGCACUGAAUAGUAUUCUGGGAAGCAUCAGCGGAAGUCUUCAAGGGACAGCAGGGCAAACGCCAAAUGCUCUGCGAGGUGGAACAGUUGGCUCCCAGAUACCAAGCAGUCUCCCAACAAUGAAUACUAUUUCAGAACAGCAGAGGCAUCUUUUCCACCAGUUACAGCAGAUCACAUCAACAAAUCUUACUGCAGAUCAACAGAGCCUUCUUUGCCAGUGGAUUCAGAACAUACAGCAACGACGCGAUCUUCAGCGACUUAUGGCAUCAUCCACAGCACCACCCCUUCUUCCAGUGACCUCAACUUGUAGCACAAUGGCUUCAUCACCUGCCCCUCCCAUUCUUACAGCACAAACCCCUCCCUUCUUGGGGCUUCAGAGUGAGGGGUGUGGUCCAAAAACCUCAAGAGGUGGUGAAAAGACUCCGACAAACCAGGACAAGGGAUAAAGUGCUCGGUCUUGACCUGUGUAAGGAAGAGUGAGAUGAGUCAAUGAAGCAAGGAAGAAGCAAUCGCCCUGUUUAUGAAAAAUAAGGGAUACACUUGAUUUUGCUGGAAAGAGGUGUACAGCUAUGAUGAGGCCAAGAACAUAAUGUCACAUAAGUGGACAUAUAAUGUUAUACAUAUACAUUGUCUCAUACAGAAUCAGUUUAAAAUGAUAUAUCUUUUCUGGAAUAGUUGCUCACCAAGAAUCGGGAUUCCUGCCUAACUUCCACAAAGAAACAUGUACAAGGUACAC